UUCAAUUACCUAAAACCUAAAAGAAUGCAGACAUCGAGAUAUUCACUAUUGUUUGUAGGCUUUGAUUUUAAUCGCGAGUGUUAAAUUUGUUUUAUAUAUGAAUCUCUUGCAGGCUCUGUUCAUAAAUUUUGAGUUUCGCCCUAGGGUUAAAGGGUAUUAUUAGGGUUUUGGCUGGGUCUAAAGGUUCUUAUUUUUUGUUGUUUUUGGUUGGAGAUAUAUUGUUGAGGCAUAUUUGAGCUGAAAGAUGGGUAAGAAGCGGAAGCAACCAGAAAAAUCAGAAGAAAUUCAAACCUCAAAGGAGGAGGAAAAUGUACGUCCUAAGCGAACUCUUCUCGGAUGGAAAGCACCACCUCAAGAAGAGAAAGAUAAAGAGAACAAUGCAAAUGACUCAGAAAAACGAAUAUUUCGCAACAGGGAGAAGAUCUUGGUCAUAUGUUCACGACGCAUUGUUUACCGAUAUCGGCACUUGAUGAUGGAUAUAGUUUCCCUGUUACCCCAUUGCAAGAAGGAUAAUAAGGUUGAGUCCAAGGAAAACAAGGGUGCCACUUUGAAUGAGCUGGUGGAACUUAGGAAUUGUACGGGCUGUCUCUUCUUUGAGUGCAGGAAGCGUAAAGACCUCUACUUGUGGAUGGCGAAGUGCGCAAAUGGGCCUUAAGUUAAAUUUUUGGUUAAUGCUGUUCACACAAUGGAAGAACUCAAGCUGACAGGGAACCAUCUUAAAGGUUCACGACCUAUUCUGACAUUUGCAUCGGAUUUUGAUACACAACCUCAUUGGCAGCUCUUGAAAGAGAUUAUCACUCAAAUCUUUGGCACGCCAAAAGAUCAUAGGAAAGCAAAGCCUUUCUUCGAUCAUGUCUUUGUUUUCUCCAUUGUUGAUAAUCACAUCUGGUUUCGGAAUUACCAGAUAACUGUUCCACAUCAUGGCACCGAGAAAAUUGAGUGAGGUGGUUUGGAUAAAAUGACUCUUAUAGAGGUUGGCCCUCGAUUUUGCUUGAAUCCAAUAAAAAUUUUUGGUAAUAGCUUUACUGGUCAGACAUUAUAUGAAAAUCCUUUCUACAUCUCUCCAAACCAGAUUCGUGCAGCAGAAAAACGUAAAAAGGCUGGCAAAUAUGCAAAGAAAAUUAAAGCAAAGCAGAGGAGGAAAGUACAUGAACUUGAGAACAAGCUGGAACCUGAUGAAUUCGCAGAUAUGUGGAAUGAGUAACUGAUGAGUAUGAUUGUGUCCUGAAUUUCAUUCAGGAAAUACAAGCAUUAUUACGUUGAUUUUAUUUUAUUGUUGAGUUUUGACAAAGAACAUGGAUGAUCAACGUGGGUGGUGUCCCUGGAACAAGACCUUGUUUCAAAUGAAAUCCAUAGUUCUCUUUGUAAAGUCGUGUGGCUAUUAUGCAAUGAAAGGCAUGCCUUAGCCAUCAAGGUAUAGCUGUUUUAUUUUCUACAUUUUGUAUUUUUCCCGGAAAGAAGAUUUAUUUCUUAAUUGCCCUUAAAGGUCGUUAAUGUUCUCA